AUGAACACAACGCAGGAAAGGUGGACGUGUAACGAGUUGCUCUCUUAUGUGGAGAGCAAGGUUUCCUCGGACCCCGAGGAAAAGGAAUAUGCCAAGCUCUGGUUAACUGCCAGAAAUGGUCUCCCGCCGCCGCCACCCCCGCGCUUUCCCGGGCUAAAGAAACUCAAAGCAGCUGGAAAUGCCAGCGGUGUUUUUUUCUCCGCUCCAUCGGGCUUCCCGCUGCUUUCCGCCGCAUCCCGCUGCGGGGCUGAGGGAGAGGGGAGGGUCGGCCCGACCCCCCUCAGCGGCAAGGAUACAGAGGGGUCUGAGGAAGAAAACUCCGCGACGGAAAGCCUGGAGCACCACGACUUCUCUAGAGAAACAGCCCUGAGAAGGGCUGGGUCGAAGCGCGUGAGCAGCUUUGAGCAGGCGAGUGAUUUCAGCUCAGCUCAGCGGCGGCGGCAGGCAGGCAAGACAGGAAGCAGGGACGAGAAAGCUGGUCCAGCGUUCCGCAAAGCACAAACCUUUAUUCAGGCAGAGCUUCGGCGAAGGGUGCCGGCAACAGCGAAUCUCCCGAACAGGGUGUCCUGGGGUGACUUUAUGAUACUGGUAUCCCCAAUCGUCUGGUUUAUGUUAUAUAUUAAGUUCUGCACCUUUAAGACUGGCUUUGAGAGCAAGAGAGGGGGAAGAAGUGCGCAGUUUGUGUUAAAGAAAACAUCACUCCCACACAUCUCGCUCCUGGACUGUGGUGUCUGCAGCACGGACAGACAGCAGGACAGAGCUUCUCUCUGGCUUUUAGUUAGUUUUAGCUAGCUGAGGCAGAGGAGUUCCCUGGACCUUUGUUUUUUCCCUUUUUUCCUGGAUCUGUGCAAGCCUGCUCUGGACUGAACACCCAGCCAAACCCCGGGAGCUCACGCCUGUGGCCCACCGGGGCCUGGGCCUCGGCACUUUCCAGCGCCGGAGGGACUGAUAAGAACCUGAGCGAGCCGUUCACCACAUGAAAAAGACUUUUCUUCCUAGACUUGCCAUCCCAUCGAACAGCAAGAAGUUUUAUUAUUUAAUAUUACUCAAUUUCUGUUAAAUAAACAGCUUUUUCCACUUCUCUCCAAAGAAUUUUUUUUUCUUUCUUUUCCCGGACCAGAAAGUGAGGAGGGGCAUUUCCCUGGGGAAAUCCCCAUUUGGAGUUUUCCUCCCUAAUUUGCCCUAAACUAGGACAAAUACAGUUUUUGGCGCCCAACGAACAGGGGCAAGAGAAAGUGGAAAAACCUGUACUGAUUGUUGGUUGUAUUUAUUCUGUAUUGGGAUAAAGCAGUCAGUAGCCAUGUUGCUUGGAUACAUAAUAUCUCUCGGGGUGGAAGCCUUCAUGUGGAUCUGGUCCCUAAAAGUUUUUGAGGUUUUAAUACCUGUCUUUGCCCUCUUUCCCAGUAGAGGGGCACGGAUUAGAAUGGUUAUUGUGCUGGGCUCGGUGAUAAUGAUUUAUAAGAAGUUUAUAGAACUACUGAAGUUUCUGUCAGGUAUGUUUGGCUUAUGGUUUCUUCGCCCGACCCUGCCUCCCAGUCCCAGUAGCACAUUUUGGGAGUUUAUUAGUAAUUGUACCCAGUUUGUUAGAGGAAGAGCAGGGGAUGAGGCUUUUCAGCCUUUUCUUUCCUUCUUCUCCUUUGAAUCUGUUAUGUCCCUCUUUGAGAAUAUCCAGUUUCCCCUGAGUG